UACAAUUCGAAACUUUAUUGUGGUCUUCCCACAUGUUGCUGUUGUACGCAAAGGGAUCUCGUCUUUUGUCUAAAUUAUUCAGAAAUGCUUCAUUAAACAAGCCCCCUCGAAGAUUUUUGUCGACCAUUCACGAAGAUUACGACGUGGUCAUAGUCGGCGGAGGCCCUGCUGGACUUGCCCUUGCCAAUGCCCUUGGAUCCAAGGAGGAACUUCAAAAUAACUUGAAAAUUGCACUGGUCGAAGCUGGUGACUUGUCCAAAGUUCGCGACUGGUCACCUCCAACCGACACCUUUUCUAAUCGUGUUGUAUCUCUCACAAAUGCUUCCCAAGCUUUCCUCAAAGACAUCGGCUCCUGGGACCAUGUCGAACAACAAAGAACGGCUGCAGUGGAAGAAAUGCAGGUUUGGGACGGUAUCUCGGAUGCUAGGAUCACUUUCUCCACGUCCGAACUAGGAUUGUCCACUGCAGACCAUUCAGGCAUGGCGCGACUAACUGAAACUCUCAAUCUACAACGAGCUCUCCUCCGUCAUCUGAAAUCGAUACAUACUGUUCAAAUCAUAGACAAGAAUAAAGUUCAAUCUAUCACUGUCGAUGAAAAACCGGGCAGUUGGCCAACGGUCCACUUGGAUACUGGACGAGCUUUGAAGACCAGGCUUCUAAUUGGCGCUGAUGGACCGAAUUCUCCAGUUCGUUCAUUCGCAAAGAUACCAUCUUAUGGCUGGUCGUACGACACCCAAGCCAUCGUUUGCACUAUGGAGCAUCCACCCAAAGGACCAUUCCUCGGACCAAACACCACUGCAUACCAAAGAUUCCUCCCUACAGGGCCUAUCGCUUUCCUACCAAUAUCUGCAACCGUAUCAUCCCUAGUAUGGUCUACUAAACCCGCUCUCUCCACGGCGCUCAAAGCGUGCGAUCCAUCCGUCCUAGCUCGAAUGAUCAACGCCGCCUUCCGCCUACCAGACGUCUCAAUACGUUACCUCCACGGUCGUAUCCUUGAAGCUCACGAAGCUGGGAACCCGAUGACAGACGAGGAGAUUAAUGCGGAAAUUGUUUGGAGAGAGAAAUCCCAUUCAAUUGAUGCAACAUCUGCGUAUUCCUCAAUCACUCCUGACGUUUCCUCGAAUACCAGAGUACCACCCUCGGAUUCCGAAAUGGUUCCCCCGAUCGUUACAUCAAUCCAAGCAGGAACAAUAGCCUCCUUCCCGCUUCGUUACGCCCAUACUGAGACGUAUACUGGGGAAGGCUUAGGCAGUCGUACCGUUCUCGUCGGCGAUGCUGCUCAUACAAUCCAUCCUCUAGCUGGACAUGGAUUGAACCUAGGUCUUGGCGACGUUGAAUGUCUUGCUAGAUGCAUAACCGAGGCCGUACUGCGGGGAGGGGACAUCGGUUCCUACACUGCUCUUCUCCCAUACACUCAAGAACGCUACAUUGAAAACCACAAAAUCAUGUCCGCUUGCGACAAGUUGCACAAAAUAUACGGUACCUCUUCUGGUCCACUCGUUCAACUGCGUUCUGUUGGUCUAGAAGUCUUGAACGAGCUUGAUUCCAUCAAAGCUGCCAUCAUGAUGUCUGCAGGCUCCGUAUCACAGACCAAUGACAAAUACUUGUCAUAUAACGGUGAUUUUCGAACCAUGGUGUUUAACGUUGCUGCCAAGGGCGUGGAAAACAUCAAUACGGUGGCGCAAGUCGCACAGAUAAUUCGAGGUGGGCUUGGGGGGCUUGCGGUGAAUGCGAUACAGAAUUUGGCCAAAGCUACGUCCUCUUAUCAGCUGCCUCGGAAGGAUGUGUCAUAGCACAAACGAUGUGUCAUAGCACAAACGAUGUGUCAUAGCACAAACGAUGUGUCAUAGCAC